AUGAAAAAGCAUAUCAAAAUGAAGGAGAUGAGGAUGAAAAUCUUAAGUAGCAUUUCAAAUUUAGUUCAAAAAAAACUGUGGAAGAAAUUUUUUUUAAUAUUUUUAGUUGUUACCGUAUUAGCAGUAUUAUUUGAUAGUAAUUCUGUCUCAUGUAAUGAAUCAGUAUCAUCAGGAUAUAAUGAACAUUUCGAUUACCUUGGAUCUACCAGCACAGGUAACGAACAUGUUGAUGAUAAUGAUAUCAGGGAGAACUAUUUUUCUUCAUUUAGUUAUCAGUUGAAAUAUGAAAAUUUGGAGGAAUAUCAAAAUGAUUUUUUUUUACAUAAUAAUGAGAAAAUUAGUAUGAUGCAAUUUGCAUCGAAUACCCCAAUAGAAGAUAGAUGUUUUGUAUAUAAAUUAGAUAUAACUGAUAAUAAUUUCAAACCAUAUGUUAAUCCUAAAGAUAUAACAGAUACAGAUGAUAUGGAGUUUGUUAAGAAUUUUGAAAAAAACAUAAUAGAAAAUUAUUUGGUCCCACCUGCACACGUAAUUGAUGAUAUAUUUAGAAAUGCAACUAACGGUGGUACAUAUUAUUAUGGAAUAAACAGUGGAGUAUAUGGCUUACCUUAUGGAACAGAAGAUGAUCUAAUAUUUGGCUCACCAUACGAAAAAGUAAGGAACACAGAAAAUUAUGCUACAAAUAGCAAACUAUUUGACUCAUCGUACGAAACAUCAAAUAACACAUCAGUUAACAAAUCAAAUAGCACAACAAAUAGCACAACAAAUAGCACAGCAAACAACACAGCAAAUAACAUAGUAGAUAUGGCACUGUUUGACCCAUUAUACGGAACAGCAAAUAAUACAACAAAUAACAAAACAAGUAACAUAGCAGAUAUCGCACAACUGGACCCAUUAUACGGAACAUCAAAUAACACAGCUUAUGGCUCAUCAUACGGAACUGCAAGUGGAACAGCAAGUGGAAAAGCAGGAGGAAAAGCAAGCGGGAAAACAAACGGAACAUUAAAUGGCGCAUUAGAUAGUAGAGUAGUUCAAGCAGUUGCUCAAGCAGUUGUACAAGCAUCAGAUUAUUUAAAAGGAAUGAAAGAGAAAACUGUAGAUAAAGAAAUAAAUAAGCAUUAUGACCAAGGGAAAGAAGAAGGCAAAUAUAGUAAAGGUGUAGAUGAGUCUAUGAAAGAAUCAGAUCAAACUAAGAACUCAUGGGUAACGCAAACUAACGAAGGUACAGUAUCAGGAGAAGCAAUUGCAGGAACGUCAGGAACGCUCACUAGCGAAAAUAAAGAAGGAGAAGAAGCUACAACCACAUGGGAAACGAAAACCAGCGAAAAUAAUGGAGAACCUACAAACACAUGGGAAACGAAGAUUAGCGAAAAUACACAAGUAGGAGAAGCAGUUACAGAUAUGUUAGAAACUAAGGAGAGUGAAAAUAAACAAGAGGGAGAAAAAAUAGAGGGCAUGUCAGAAACUGAGGCUAGUGAAAAUGUAGAAUGGGGAGACAAAAUAGUGGAUAGAUCAGAAACGCAAACUAGUGAAAAUAUAAAAGGGGGAGAAGCAGCUACAGAUACAUGGGGCACGUCAACUAACGAAAGUACACAAGGAGGAGAAGUAGCUACAGAUACAUGGGAUACGUCGACUAACGAAAGUACGAAAGGAGGAGAAGCAGCUACAGAUACAUGGGAUACGUCAACUAACGAAAGUACGCAAGGAGGAGAAGUAGCUACAGAUGCAUGGAGCACGUCAACUAACGAAAGUACAGAAGGGGGAGAAAAAAUAGAGGGCACGUUAGAAUCGCAGGCGAAUGAAAAUGCAGGAGAAGGAGAAGUAGCUACAGAUACAUGGGAUACGUCAACUAACGAAAGUACAGAAGGGGGAGAAAAAAUAGAGGGCACGUUAGAAUCGCAGGCAAAUGAAAAUGCAGGAGAAGGAGAAGUAGCUACAAAUAUAGGGGAUACGUCAACUAACGAAAGUACGCAAGGAGGAGAAACAGCUACAGAUACAUGGGGCACGUCGACUAACGAAAGUACAGAAGGGGGAGAAAAAAUAGAGGGCACGUUAGAAACGCAGGAGAAUGAAAAUGCAGGAGAAGGAGAAGUAGCUACAAAUAUAGGGGAAAUGCAGGUAAAUGAAAAUGUAGGAGAAGGAGAAGCAGCUACAGAUACGUGGGAAACGCGGGGAAACGAAGGUACAGGAGGAGAAGGUAAUGUAAGCAUGUUACAAUUGGAUAUGAACAAAGAUACCAAAAACGGAAGUAGUAAUGCAAGUACGUCGGGAACGUUUCAGGAGGAAUAUAUGAAGAAAGAAAAGGAUCAUUCUAGCAUCCAUUUAGAAAAAGAAUCAAUAUUUAAUGACAAGAACAAUUUUGGAAAUGGUGGUUUCAUAUUUGCUGGAGUGAUGGAUGGUCAUGGUGGACAUAUAAUUUCAGAUACUGCGAAAAGAUGGUUAGGUUUUUACAUAAAAAAACAAUUAUUACAAAAAUUAAGAAAAAGUAAUAAUAAUGUUUUAUCACCAAGUGAUAUUGUUUUAAGUUUAGAAGAAGCUCAUGUUCUUUUAGAUAAAGACAUUUUAAAGAGUGCAGAAGAUUUUUUUUUUGAUAGUAAUGUAAGAUUUACAAGAACUGGUUCAUGUUCUUUAACAGUAUUAAUAGACAAAGAAAAUUAUUAUGUAAGUAAUAUAGGGGACUCAAAAGGUUUAUUAAUUACAAAGGAUAAAGUGGUAAAAUUAAAUAAUAUUCAUAAUGCUAGUGAAUUAAGUGAAAGAAUAAGAUUAACAUUAGAACAUCCAAAUGAAGAUGAUGUUAUAAUGUGUAAGAAGCAUAGGAAGAUUGGGAAUACAAAAGUUAGUCAGGUUAUAAAUUUAACAAAAGAUCAUUUAGAUUUUUUACAUAAUGAUGUUGGUCGCUGUUAUGUUAAAGGUCGAUUACAAUGUACAAGAAGUUUUGGCGAUUUUUAUUUAAAACAUAAAAUAUUUGCUUUUGAUUUUAAAAAGAAUAGAUUUGUUGUUAAUGAACCACAUUCUUUUUCAUAUAUUACUGCUUUUCCAGAAGUUAUAAAAAUUAAGAGAAAUCCUGAUGAUGAAUAUAUUGUUCUUAUGUCAGAUGGAGUUUCUGACUUUUUAAGUGAUUAUGAAUUAUAUGAUACUAUUAAGCAAAAUGAAUUUUCAGUUGAAAAAGCUUCCAAGGAAAUUAUUAGAAGAGUUCUGAAAAAAUGUGCAGUACAUGCGGGUUUAAGUAUAAAAAACAUCGUUAAUAUGCCCCGUGAUCGUAGGAGAAAAUUUUUCGAUGAUAUGUCCGUUGUUAUCCUUAAAUUGAAGUGA